AUGCCGUGGAAAUACAUUAGAAGCAAGCCCAUCAUUUUCUCCGGUGCUUCGCCUAGUACGCAUGUCAUCCACCUUCGAAACGGAACGGAAGCGAUAUUCCUACGUGCGACACACGGGCACCAGCGCCCGGCUCGUGCGUAUGACGAGCGGCCACGCCGAAAGCUGCGCUGCAACGUACAGCUAUCACAAUGCGGGGUUUGUAAAGAGAUAGGGACUGUGUGUGAGGUGGCACAGCCUGAGGCUUGA